AUGAAGGCUGCUUGCCCCCUCGCCCUGGCCACCCUGGCUCUCUGCUGCAGCCCUGGCCCGGCGUCUGCAGCUGGGAGAGACUCAGCGGAAGAGCUGCCACCAUGGGAAAGUGCUGAGAUCUGCUUUGACUUUAUCAUUAAAACCUUCUUCGUGAGCACGCUUUCCAGUUAUGAGACCUCAGUAGAGGUUUUCAGCCCUGAUGCGGACAUGAAAGAUGUGGCGAUCAAGAUAAAGGGACUGGUGGACACCCUGCCCCAGCAGGACAGGGACAACAUCAGGAGGGCCAUGGACAAAAUAAUUAAAAAGCCCACUCUGUGCUUAGGAUUUACAAGCUGA